CCACCCUUAUAUUGUUACAUACACCUUAAUGAUGACCACUGAUUUGGACAACAGGUGCGGUCAGCUGAAAUCACAGCCAAGCUUUCUCCUCCUCCAGAAAACACAGAAGGAUGCCCGGUCUCUCCCAACAACAACACUUUGCAUACAGAUUUCCAUAUAUUCCAUUCAUUUUGGGUGGAGGUCAUUUAGAUUUUUUCAGUCCCUUUGACUCCUUUGCUACCAAACAAUCACAACAACACUUCAGUCUGGCAAGAUCUUAUCUCUGUCUCCCAUCGUAGAGGACGAGGAGAUGGCGAUAAAAUUGUGUUGCUUUCCCAAGGAUCCACUGGGGGAUGUUGAAACUUGGAGUGAGUCUGUGGACAAAGUCCUCACUUGUAAAGCCGGACAGAUAGCUUUCCGGGAGUUCCUGAAGUCCGAGUACAGCGAGGAGAACAUUCUCUUUUGGCUCGCCUGCGAGGAGUAUAAAAAAAUCAAGACGGUGCCAGAGAUGAUCUCCUCUGCCAACAGGAUCUACUCAGAGUUUGUCCAAACAGAAGCGCCCAGACAGAUCAACAUAGAUUGCGGUACCAGAGAAAACAUAACCAAGAACAUCUCCCAGCCUUCCCUGACUUCGUUUGAUACGGCACAGAAGCUCAUCUACUCUCUGAUGGCCAGGGAUUGCUACCCGCGCUUCCUAAAAUCUGACAUCUAUCAGGGACUCCUGAGGAGAACAGAUUCAAGGUGACUGUUUUAAAACUGACAGCCUCUCAGACGAAGGCUCGUGAAAACUUCUCUCCAACUCUGAUCUGCUGUGGCACUCUUUGAUUUCAGUGUGGAUAACAGGUUUAUGCCAUACAAUCCAGAUCCCAAGUGUAGCAGAAAUAGCUUUUCUCAACCUGUGUGAUUCAGUAGACAGUUGCAGCUCAAGAUAAUUUUGGCUUGUAUUAUACUUUAUCUCUUUAAUUAUGUUAAUAUUCCCCAUGAAGUUAAUUAUAAAAAUAAUUCCUUUAUUGUAAAGUAUUAUCAACACUUUAAUUGAUUAUGCAAAUAUCAAUCCUAACAUACAAAGUUCACAUCCAAAUAAAUAUGUGAGUGUAUUGUUAAACAUCUGUCUCAUUUUUGUGUUUUCUUGUUGUAGUUUUUUGAAAUAUCUUAAAAAACAAAAUCUACUCAGUUGAAUGACAUUUGGGUGUGGUUAUUUUGAAUGUGAUGCAAAUCUCCUUUGUUGUUGUCACAGAAGACUGUCUGUCUUUACACUGUGGUGUCCUUAUAAUAUGGUAAAA